AUGAUAUCCAAGACACCGGAACAGAGCACCCGCGUUGCCAUUGUGAUAGGCGCUACGUCGGGCAUUGGCGUCGACCUGGCCAAAGACCUCUAUGCACGCGGUUGGACGGUAGCCUGCGUUGGACGCCGCGAGGAGGCCGGCCAUGAGUUGGUCAAGAGCCUCGGGGAGAAAGCACGCUUCUUCCGGGCAGACAUGAGCAACUACCAGAGUCUGGCCUCCAUGUAUCAACAGGUGUUUCACCUGUACGGAAGACUCGAUGCCGUCUGUGCCAAUGCCGGCGUCGUCGACUCCUCCUCGAUCUAUCAAUUGACUCGCCGCGGAGCAGGGGUCGACGAGAUCCCUCCGGAGCCAGACCUAUCGUGCACAGACAUCAACUACAAGGGUGUCAUCUACGCGACCGUGCUGGCCACGCACUUCAUGCGUCACAACCAGCCUCACCCCGGCGGUCGCAUCGUGGUGACCGGCAGCAUUGGCGGCAUCUUCCCACACCGAUCCUAUCCAGAGUACUGCGGCACGAAGGCGGCCGUGGACCAAUUUGUACGCGGUGCUGCACCGCUGCUGAAAGCCAAAGAUGGCAUCUACCUCAACUGUGUCUUACCGGGAAUCGUGGCGACCCCGAUUGUUCCCCCGGAAAUGAUUAAGGCGGUUUCAGCAGAAUGCUUGACCCCCGUCCAGACAAUUCUCGACGCAUAUCAGGUCUUUCUGGAGGAUGACACGGGCAUGGCAGGCGAGCUGCUGGAAUGCUCGGCCGACAAGAAGAUUUUCUACCAAUUCCCACCCUUGGGCAAUGGUCAUGUCACCAAGCGAGCGGUCACCGUGUGGGAGCCCCUGUUCCGCCAAAUGCACGGCGAGGAUUCCCAGCUGCCGGAUGCCAUUCCGUAA